AUGUCCAAGCAAUUAUUUGGCAACAAGCAUUCUAAAACCGCAUUGGCGUUUCACAAUCUUGCCACAUGCUAUACGACGCAAGGUCAACAUAAGAAAGCAAUUUCUCUGGAAACCCAAGUUAUGGAUAUCACAGAAGAGCAACACGGUCGCACACAUCCCCAGACUUUAGAGGCAAUGGCUAGAUUGGCAGCUGCUUUCGAGUCUGCGGAUCGAUAUCUGGACAGUCUUUCAGUGAGAAGCCAGCUAUCGUCGCGUGCUUGCCAGGUCUUUAAUCGCGACCACCCUGCACGUUUGUCCGCUAUGGAAGAGCUCGCUUUCGCAUACGAUAUCACCGGUCAGUAUGACUUGGCCGUUGUGUCUAGACAAGAAUGUUAUAGACUCGCAAAGGCCAUCUUCGGCUCAGACCACGCGACUAGUCUGAGAAAUGGCACGAGUCUAAAGUUUUCCUGUGAAAAUGCAGGCCGCCGUGAGGAUGCUAUGAAUCUGAAAGAGGAGAUACGCCAAAUGCAGAACCGAAUCAAAGCAGCUAAAGUAUCCAAUGAGACUGCAGGAAACAAAGGGGCAUCUCAGAGCUUGGUCUCUCCUACCGCGCCAGGAGACUAUGUGUCAGAUGCGGAGUCAUCUUCGUCUACGGAUUCUGUGUUUUUGCCAGCGCCUUCGGAUGACACUAUCUCAAGCGUUGAAUAUGAUCAUUUUGAUGAUGUCGCAUCCGCAUGGACAAGACCUGUAGAUGAUCAUGACCUUCUCCUUGCUUACGAAGAUCUUGUUCUGCUCAUGGGCAAGGAUGCGUUCAUUCGGAAGCACACUCAACUAUUGAAGAAGUUCCUUGACGACGUCUCGCUUGAGAAUCCUCCACAGCGCACUUUGAUUGCGAAAGUGAACCGUCGAGGGCAGCGGAGAGCUAUUGGAGAGUACAUUUGCAACGUUCUCUUGAACUCACCAAUGACUACCAAUGUAUCUGGACCGACCUUGAAGGAGGCCCCAUCUUACGAGCCUCUACAGUGGUCGUUACAAUCGGAGACAAUGAAAAGCAUAGACAUAACUGAGGCAUUGCCGUCUGCGGAUGAAGUUUGUUUGAGCCCGGCGAGUGAAGAAAAUUUCAGCAACGCAGACGAUGUCAAUCUGUCCGGUCUUCCCAAUCUCCUCCAUUCUCUUUUGACGAGCACGCCUGCCUUAGAAAAUUAUAGUGAUACUUUGAAAACCCUUUCCAGCAGCCUAUGUUGCCCGCACAGAUUCGAUUCCGUCCUGAAAUUGGGAGACCUCAAUUUGGCACAAGGUCUCCUAGAAAGACAUUUUGAUGCUCUGGCGACAGGGGAUCUUGAAUGGCUUUGGGAAUUGCGAAGCCUAGGCUACGGAUCUCACAAAAUCGCUGAAUUACUCUUAGAUGAUCAAGCCAAAUCGCCAUGGAUUGUGUUCAGCCCGCCUCCGGCACAAAGUAUAUCAAUCCGGCCUGAUUUUCAUGUACAGAACUGUGUACAUUGGGGUGGGCAGGAACAUAGUCUGGCUCCAAGAUUGAAUACGAUACAAUUCCAGAAACCGGAGGAUACGAGGAGAAUCAUCGCUGAGCACUGCGGGAUCGCUGGAAUCAUUCCUCACUCUCGCGACUAUGGAUCUUGGACAGGGUCAGUCAACUUCUUCGAUGGAGAGGAAUUGACAGUUGCCAUUACCUACGCCAUGCCUGGCUCUGCUCGCGAUCUAGUGGUGCGCAUCUGUGAUGCUCUACGACGCUUCUGCUGCAUAGCUUCAUACCUGCAAGAAAAACAUCUCUCCUGCAAUAGUUUCACCAUCUUAUGUCAUACCGUCUUGGAGAGACAGCCUGUCGUUGAGCUCCAACGGAUAGAAUUUCAGACUGCCUUCAGUCUUUUUGUCGUCCUAAGCCUACUGUUAAACAAUUGGGAUAGCCCCAGCUUGAUCACUCGAUGUUUACCCAGGCUCAAAGCCUUAGCACAUCAAAUUCUGAGUGGCGUUUGUGGCUCAGAAAACCCCGUCAACGGAGACAGCUUCCCUGACUGUUUGAAUCAGGUGGCCCUGGCUGCUCAAGUGCUCAAUCUGGGUCUAUACUUAUUCAGUCAGGCUCACAUUGGGAUACUGCAGCCAUUCUUUCUGCUUAAAUCAUUAUCUCGCAUCCACCUUUUUGGUGCUGAGUCUCCCAAAGAGCCAUUGACGGAAGCACCUGUACGAUUGGAGCCUAUAAAUCUCACAUGUAUGGCUGGUGUCACUGGAGGGCAUGUCAAUGUCUUCAAGUCAACAGGAGGCGGGAAGCUUGACUUUCCUGAGCAAAGACUGGAUCUAUUCAGUUCUCCCGUUGAUCUUGCAGAGACAUGGGAUGCUUGGCGCUUCGUCAAGGACACCAACGAUCCAAACUCAGAAAAUAUAUUGGCAGUGGAAAUUGCUGAAGGCUUCGUCAGCUUUCCAGAUGAACUUGACGGACCCGAGCCACAUGAAAGUGCCAUUCUGCGCCUCCAUUGGAGCGCAGACGGUCCUUUCGAUUUUAAGAGGUCCUUUAAUUUGCGCACGAAAGCACUUAUCGGCACCAACUUUGUUAAUCCCCAUUGUCAAAUGGACCAACAAAGUAGUUUCAUAAAGUCGAACGCUGUGAUGGAGCACCUCGGCGCGCAUGGCUCGUACUGGGAGCGCAGUGAACUCCAGCUGGGAGUUCAGGGUGGCCAGUAUGGAAUCUGUGUGCCACAUAUGGCUUGGGCUAAACGUCCUAGAAAGACUGUCAAGCAUAUCAAUCUGGGGCCGAUUAUCGACAUGUCGUUCCUAGAAUCAGACUGGGGCCUUCAGAUCAGCUACUGCACUGGAUUAGCCAGGAGAGUAUCACUUUGCCAACUAUUGUCAGACGUGAUCCCAAUGUUCAUAGGCGAUCUUCUCCAAGCUCCACAAGGAUGGAAUAUUCUACAACAAGGAAAUAGCAUGGUCGAUGCACUUCGUAGCAACAAUUUCAAGGCUUGGUUCGACGAACUCGCGGCUGAUCUACAAAACGACACAUUGAAAAUUAUUCGCUACGUUCUUUUGGUACUUCAAGAUACCGGCAUUGAUCACUCUGGUGACUUUCUCAUGGCAGUGUGGCCUCAGAAGGACAACCCACGUGCGUGCUUCAAGAUCCCCUGCAAAGAAGUGACUCUCUGGGCACGAAUGCUACAAGAUUCGCCAACGUGUGCGACCUUUGCAUACAUUACACCGCUCUGUAUAGAAACAAAUGAAUGGAAAUGCCAGGGUCUGCCAAUAGCACCUUGGUAUAAUAGAAGCGCAAUCCUUAACACAGCAGUCCGCCCCCAUGCCACUCAGAAAUCCGGAAUGCCUUCUCGGAGCGAGUGGACCCUUAGGCACGAACAGAGCUAUCUCAUCGACACACCAGACCGAUCUCUCAUAGGCAAGGUUACAAGAUCAUUUUCACCAAUGGAACUCGCGCAUCCCACCUGCCUUGAUGUGUCAAAGAGCAAGAUACCUCCACUAACCCGCUUGAGAAUGACGGAAUAUCUGCGGGAGAAGCAAUCACUGAAUGAUCAGGCUCAAGUUGUUGUCGUUUUGACAAAUAUAUCAUACUUGCCUGUAUGA